AUGCAAUAUGUUGGAAGAGCCAUUGGCUCCGUUUCGAAGACAUGGAGCUCAUUGAAUCCGGCAACUCUUUCUGGUGCAAUCGAUGUUAUAGUUGUGGAAAACGAAGAUGGAUCGUUGUACUGCUCCCCCUUCCAUGUGCGGUUUGGAAAAUUUCAACUACUAAGGCCGUCGCAAAAGAAAGUCAACUUUAUUGUCAAUGGUGAAACAACAGAUAUUCCAAUGAAGUUGGGUGAGGGUGGAGAAGCUUUUUUUGUGUUUGAAACUGAUGCAGAUGUCCCAAAAGAUAUGCAGACAUCUCCAGUAGUAAGUGCAUCUCCUUCUCCUGAAGCUAGUCCUCGAAUGAGUCCAAAAAGCCCAAAUUUAGAAUCUCAAGGGGAGCCAGAAUACCUAGAUAUAAAUGGUGGUACGCAAGUUCUUUCGGACUUGAAAAGUAAUAGCGAAGGAAAUGAUUCACCGGAUGUUAACGAUCAAAUGGACCAUUUAAAGCUAGGUGAUGGAUCAGAAACGGGCCCCAAAUAUGAACUCGAAAGAACCAACACAUUGAAAUCUUUGGAGAGGGCAGAGAGUAUAUCGAAGAGAUUCAAGAAGAAAAAUAUCCCUUCUACUGUGGAAGCUAAUGGAGAUAUACUUCUUGAUAUGCAUGGCUACAAAAGCGAUGCGAAGGACCUUCAUGAUUCUGACAAAGUUAUCAAACAGCUUUUAGCGGACGAGUUUGGCUCUGAUGUGGAUUAUAACAUGCUUAUAAACAAAGACCUUAAUGGUAAUAUUAGAAUAACAGGAAAUGGUACUUCGCCUGCUGAAAGUGAGGAUGCGACUUCCUUAUCAUCCAAUCCUUCAUCUCAUGGUUCGGAUGAUACCGGUAAAAAUGAACAAGAUGACAGCAGCGAUCAAACUACAGCAGGAUCAAUUUCAUCCGGAAGUGCGAAAACAUCUUCUGGAGAUGAGCUUCAAUCAAAGAAAAGUACGGUCUACUUUAAAACAUUGAGAUUAACAUCUGCUCAAUUGAAAUGCAUGUCCUUAGAAUACGGUAGAAAUAAAGUCGAGUAUAGCGUGAAUAAAGGGAAAUCCGUCAUUGGUGCAUAUUUAUAUUUAUGGAAAUGGAACGUGCCUAUCGCGAUAUCAGACAUAGACGGAACCAUUACCAAGUCCGAUACUUUAGGUCAUUUGUUUACGAUGUUUGGUAAAGAUUGGACACACGAGGGUGUUGCCAGAUUAUUCAGUGAUAUAAAGAACAACGGAUACAACAUAAUAUAUUUAACGGCAAGAUCCGUUGGCCUUGCAGAUAUGACACGGUCAUAUCUUAAUGGGGUCUACCAGAAUGGAUACAGUCUGCCAUUUGGGCCAGUUAUACUUUCUCCAGAUAGGACAAUGGAAGCUUUAAAACGAGAAAUUGUUCUAAAAAAGCCUCAAGUUUUCAAGAUGGCAUGCUUAAAAGAUAUUGAAGCAUUGUAUUUUCCUAAUGAGUCUGGCAGAGAAGAUCAUAUGGAAAAUGCUUCAGAGCUAAAUAUUUUUGAUGGCUCAUCUGGCGAUGAGAUAGCACGCGAAUUACCCGCAACAACUGAUUCAAGCAGCUUUACUGAUAUUAAUACGAACACAAAUACAGGUUCUUCCAGAAUGUUGGAUGAAGAAAAGGCAAAUCAAACGCUAACGAAAGGUGACAACGGAGGUUCAUUUGAUAGUAACAACAAUGCGAACAGUAUUGACUCACAACGGUUUGAUUCGAUACCAGAAUCACAUUUGACAGGUAGUGACAUUCUGAAAAGUAUGAAUACAAAGGAAAAAGUGGGAGAGUCAAACUGUGAUGAGAGUGGCCUUCCGGGGGAGGAACUAAAAACGCCAUUUUACGCUGGAUUUGGUAACAGAAUUACUGAUGCAUUAUCAUAUCGGAGUGUAGGAAUUCCUUCCUCCCGUAUAUUUACCAUCAACACAGAUAGUGAAGUGCAUAUGGAACUUUUAGAGAUGGCUGGCUAUAAGGCGUCAUAUGUUUCUAUAGGAGAGUUGGUUGAUCAAUUUUUUCCUCCUGUGAGCAUUUCAAAAUCCAGCAAAGGAGUGGGUUCAGAAUUAAAUGAUGCCGCAAAUCGUUUUAGUGACGUAACGUUUUGGAGGAAUCCGAUACCGGACUUAACCGACAUUUCGGAAGAUGAGAGUACCACAAAUGAGAGCAAUGGUGGUGAAGACAACGAAACAUCAUCAUCACACGAAGAGGCCAGAAACGUUGGAUCACUGAGCCCGCGAUUAAAAUCUUUCUUUAUGAGGUCCAAUGAAAAUGUAGAUGAGAAGGAGGAUGAGAAAGAUGAUAGUAUUUUGGAAAGUGAAAAUGGGGCUCACGAUGACGAAGAUGAAGAGAUCGGGGAUGAUUUGGAUGAGGAUCCGGAUUAUGUUUACGAAGAUGAUCCCGAUAUGGAAUAUGAAGAUGAAGACAGUGUCGGAAGUGACUUUGACGGGGAUGAAUUGGAGGAUUAUGAUGAUAACAUAGGUGGCGAAAGUGUGGCCGAAGAUAAAGAUUACGAGCGAGAAGAGGAAGGUUUGAAGGUGAGGAACGACAAAAAAGAAGAGAAAGAAGAAGAAGCCUCUUUGAUUAAAGAAACGGGGAUGCAGAAGAAUACAUCAAAUCAUGCAUUGGAGGACCAAGGAACACCUACAUUUACAACAAAACAUGGAAGCUCUUCCGCAACAACCGUUAUGAAUCCCACCACAGUGCAUGGAUCAUUCAUCAGAAAUUAA